UGCUGCACAAAUCUGCACCCUGUUGCUCAUGUAUGUAGUUCAAAUGUGCGCUACGAAAACUCAACAAACCAGACCAAAAUCAUUUAGAUUACAGUUAAACAAAGUCUUCAUUGACAAAUUUUUCAUUUUUAACAUGAGCAAUAUUUUCAAAAAUCUAGAUGAAUGCAGCGCAAUACUACUUUGUACCACUUUGGCCCAAGUCCUUGAAAAGUACUAAAUUUCUUGCAUAUAAUGAGUCGAGAAUGGUGUGAGUUCUUAUUGACAGAUGCUCCCUGUACCGAUUACUCACGUCGUCAGUCUGCGGAGAUUUUUUACAACGACCCAUUUAAAAUCCAAUCGUAUAACUUUCGUUACGCUGAUCGACCCGCAUAUCCAGUCCAGAAUUACCAACGGGCUCAACCGAGUCAAUCGAUCCAAUCAAAGACUCUUACUUUUGAGACAUAUUACCAAAAUCCAAAGUUUAGUGCCAGAAAUGAUGAAACAAGGGCAGCUGCAGCGACCCAUUCGAGUGCGUUUGCUGAGAAUCGACGUCGUAAUUUUCUGCGCGAUUUCAAAUGCUUUCGAACGCAACCAAACAGAGUUUGCGACGUACUGGCACCCACUGUAGCUUCUGGGUCUAAGAAUUCUGUGCCUACUCAGCCGCUGCUGCGGUCCUCCUGCAAUCGACGCGAAUAUCAGGUUCCUCGAGGCCAAAGCGUCACCAGUUUGAAUCAAACCUCCACCCAUACAAAAAGUGCCACCCGCAGGGCAGGGGGAGCGGUCAUGGGUAGAAGUGCUUCCGUUUGUAGUGUUAGAGGCCCCGAAAAAAAUUGGUCUACAUCCACCUUUCAGCUGUCACCGAGGCGCAGCGUUAGCACUUGCAGCGGCUGUGCGAUCAACAUAAAUAUAAAUGGUUUUGAUUCUGAGGCAGAACUGACCAAGAACCUAAAAAUUAAUAUUCAAGCAGAUGCGUGUUUGCGUAACAAUACUGACAGUUGUAAGAUUGUCCCUAACUUGCAAACAGCGCCUCGCAGCUCGGGUUGUUUUAUCAUUGACAAGCGCCUGUCCAAGUUCAGUCUGCCAGAAGACUGGGUGCCAGGCAGUGGACAGUACGAUGUGCUUAAGACUGAGCUGCAUUCAGAAGGAAAACGUGUGGUGCAAGCGUGUCGUUCAGAUCUGCUGAAGGAUCAGUCGCCUAUGAGAGUGUAUGGACAAAAAUAUGAGCGCUCAGCAGAGUUCGACGGGCAGCGAGAGAGACUCCAGCAACAAGAAUUGGAGAGUACAAGACGCAGUGCUCGUGUGAUAGAAGAGAGGAAGAGGGAAUGCGAAUGGGACCGUUGCCGCUCUGAUAAUAGACAGAAGCAUCAGCCAAUGCGUGCCAUUUCCAUGCCUACCUCAAUCUCUUCGUCCGUUGUUAUGACGCCACAAUUGCAGAGGCGACCUUUGACGGUUCGUUUGCCUGGAAUGGCCCCAUGUCAUCUAAACCAAUCGAGAGCGCAUGCAGCUCGAGCUGAGCGACUGCAAAACUGCACACGGAAUCUGACAAUAUUUCAACGCCCGAAACCCACAUUAAGUUCUCAGACGGACAAAAGUCCAUCGAGAAAAUUGGAACGUCGCAGCUCGGGCAGCUCCAAUAAUUACAAUGCCACCGUCGUCGUAAGUGGCAGUAACUGCAGCGUUGGAGGUCAUUUGGCGACUCAUCCGAACGAGCGCAAGUUACUUAAUUUGCACGUAAACGGCAUGCCAGUUAGCACUAACCAGCCCAUGUACACACGAAUAAACAAUAUGCCCAUUCGGAUAACGACGUCGAAGCCGUCAGAUGAGCACUUGCAGUUCUCCAUGAAUAAGGUGCGUGUUCGCAAUUCCUCGCCAGCAAGAACGAGUCCACUUAACGACGGCGGCAACAGCCGGUCGGGUGAGCAGUUGCCAAAGCCCUACAAUGUCAACAUCAGUGUCUACGCCGAUAGUCAAUAACGGAUAAUCGAUGAAGUGAAUAUUUGCGACUGUUGCAACGUCAGCAUAACUGUCAUCUCUGUGUGUGUUUUUGAAUGUGUACAGUACAGUUAUAUUGGCCUUCUAA